UUAAUAUAGUAUUGCCCAUUGCUCGUCAAGAUAUUUUAAACUAAACAAAUAUAUAAUGAUAACGAAUGAAUUAUUUGUUAUAAUAAAACAUAAUUAAACUAUACAUAUAUAAUAUAUAAAAAUAUAUAUGUAUAUAUAUAAAUAUAAACAAAAUCAAAGCAAAUGCACAAAACAUUCCCGAUUUACAGAUUUAUUCCAUAGCUACAUAUAUCAUAGAGAGAGAGCGUAAUUUCCGCUAUCGAACAUCAAAAAUCACCAUAUUCUGCGACCAGCUGACGCUCUCUGCUAUUUUUUUGAGUGAAAAAACACUUUCGCCAGAAACUAGACUAACUAUCACUUGGUACUAAUAGAGAAACAGACUUUAUAUCGAGUUUGUUUGUGAUAUGGCAGAGGAAUUAAGAAAUAAGCUGUACGAAUAUCGAAUUAAAAAACAAAAACAGAAAAUAUUUCAGGUAUUAAAAUCUAAAUUUAGAGAAUUCUGGAUGUUGGGUAUUGGACAAACUACUUUGAAUGGAAAAGAUCAUAUCAUCAACGUGAAUGACACUAAUGUUGAUGUGACCAAAAUCCAAAAACUUGACUCAAAUGCCGAAGUUACUAAGUACGUUGAAGAUACAUUGGCACUGAGUUCUGUAGAUGAAGAUGAUAUCGUAUCUGGGGAAAGUUAUUCUUCUGAUCUCCUCACAUAUGCCCUAAGAGCUGUGAUUAUAUUAUUAUGGAUAACACUUUAUGUUAUUGCGAUAAAAUUACAAUUUGGAACGGUAUAUUUUAUGUUAUCUGCGCUGUUUGGAAUAUAUUUUAAUACAAGGACUACACGGAAGAAAAAAAAUGAAAUUAGUGCAUAUAGCGUAUUUAACAAAAAUUGUGAAAGUAUAGAUGGAUCGUUAAAAGCUGAGCACUUUGAAAAAGAAAUUAGAUAUGGAUCCCUUACGUGAAACUAAUUUUAUUAUGUAUUCCAAACGGAGCUUUUAGAUAAUAUUAAUUAUACGUGGCAUAGCUACAUUCAUAUGAUAGUAUGUAUUUUUCCUAUAAUGGUAAAGAAAUUUUCAAAUAUUUGAAAAAUUAAGUGCACAUAAGCAGUUUCCUUUAAGGGGUUGAAAACUUGAGUGUAUUUAAUUUUUUUUUCAUAUAUUUUUUCAUAUAUUUUAAUCAUAUAUUUCAUUCAGCGUAUUCAAGAUACAUACAGUAUUUUGUGAAAUUUAUAUAUACAAAUUCCGAAAGCUUAGUCGUUGGUACCUCAUCUUCCAUAAAGUGUCAAAUAAAAGGUUCUUGCCGUGGACAUCAUAACUCAUUAUUGGUUCAUCAAAAUCAACAAAUUAAAAAAAAUUUUGGAUAGAUUUUGAACUAAAAAACUAAUUUUGUGGUCAAAUUUCGCCAUAUACUAACUUAA